CAGCUUUGUCCGCGUUUCCCUCCAUCCCGUUUUCGAAAGUGGGUUUCUCGUUCCUCCGAUCUCGUCCGCGAGAGGAACUUCCGAGCGACGGAGAUCGGAUCGAUCCACCCUCUGGAGACGAAACCCGUUUUCUUACGGAUCCAACGCUCGUCUUUUGGUAAAAGUGAAGGGAUGAACUAGUAACAAAAUGAGGCCACCAUAAUCACAAUGCAAACCCAGGGAAAGCAAGGACCAUUUCUAGUAACCAACUCAUUCAGGAUCAGAGCAACACAGCACUUAAGACAUCCUAAAGAUUUAACAAGACAAGGGGGUGAGAAGAAGCACAGACACUGCAAUCCUACCGCAACCAUCAGACUCUACACUUCGCUUACAACACUAAACUUCGAUUAAAUAUAACAGAGAAGUUAACUGUAUAUACUUUAUAAUCGGCUUUCUUUAUUUCCAUUUAUAAUCCUCAAGAACAAUGUUUGUACGGCUAGAAAUUGGAGAUUUCAAAAUCCCAUGUCGCAAGAAAAGUUCGACAUGCUGCAUAGCCAUGUAUAUACCAAUAAUUCUUUUUAAAUUUAAUACACACACACACAUAUAUAUAAAUAUAUAGUAUAGCAAGACGCCUCCAAAAUUAUAAUAUUAAUUAAUUACUCAGUUGACUCUAACAACUUAGUUGGUUGGAAGAAAUUAAUACCAGUCUUAAUAUAUGAUAAUGACUGUACGUCAAAGGCCUGCAAUGACUGUUAGGUACUUAAUAACUGUUGGUUUUAACCUUGCAGUUUGUUCGCUUUAUCGUGUUAAUGGAAAUUUGCGUGCCCUCAAAUAGCUCCAUAUAUGAUGGGAUCUUUUGAAAAGCUAGCGGUCUCAUGCGCCAGCCGGUGGGCCUCGGCACGACGACGUGAAUAAAAACGCGUGGGUGCGUGAAUAAAAUCAUGGUUCAUUUUAUUUCCUCUAAAAUUGGAUUUACAGAAAUAAACAUAGCUUCUCUGCUCUGUGUGCUGAGGUUGUCAAAUAUUAUUGUUUAUACUAUUAGUGGUCUUUGAUCAUCUGAUCUUUUUGUGAUUGCAUUGGUCAUCUUAAUUAUGAUUUGGAACGUGGAACAAUUGAUUAUGGUAAAUUUGCGUUCAUGGCGUAACAUCAAGUUCAGUUUUCUUCUCACUUCUCUCUUGGUGCCUGAACUUUUUCACUUAUUAUAUUGAACUAUUUUAUUAUUAUUUUUUAUAUUCAUUUCUUAAUUUACUCAUUUUUGGAUGUGAAUCGGCUCUCAUAUACUACAUGAGAUUGUUUUCAGAUGCAUCUCUUUUCUCUAUGGAACAUUUACUUUGAAAUGAUAUAUGCGGUGUUAUUUACUACAGAUCAUUGGAUCCUUAUGACAGGAAGUUGUCAUUCAUUUACAGUUUAUUUGUAUGAACAAAUCACAUCAUCAAAAAUGUUACAAUGGAUGGGAGGUUCUAGGCGCAAGGUGACUGCUUCCAGAAAGUCAAUGCAUAACAGGCAAAAGCAAUACUUCGAGCAAAGAAAAAGACAGCAACAAGCACCUGGGCUAGAAAAUCAUAAUGAUGUAAGAAACAAGCGAGCUCAUUACCAAGAGGAGCCUCGAUCACUUGAUAUCUUAAGCUUGACAAAUCUGGCAACAAUUGCUCAUGGAGAUUAUUCUAGUCAUAUUAAUGAUCUUGGUUCUCUGCAAGUGGAUUGUAAACCGUCAGAGCUUUCCCCUGCAAUGAUGUUGAAGAAAAUCACUUGUCAAUAUUUCAACAAUUUGGAGGAAACAUGUUCUACUGCAUUCCUAAACAAGCUUUCUGCAGCCGGUUCUCCUCAAUAUGCACCAGCUGGUCAUAGUCUUAGCAGUAAAUUGGAUGACUGUAAGAUGCCAGGAUCUCCAUGUGAAUUUAUUUCCAAUAAUACUGGCAGUAAAUCAAAAGAACAGCAGGAAGAGGUCCAAAAUGAAGUUUCUAUUCUUGAUUUACUCGGUGAUGAUGGACCAAAAGGUAAGCCUGAAGGAAGAUCAGUCCCUGAAGCUCAUGUUGCAUUUUCGGUGGAAGGUCUUGGUAAAGUAGGGAUGGAAACUCCUGUUCAUUCACCACAGCCACAUAAAAGGGGGUUUCCUUCACCUCCAAAGGCCUCAAGAUGUAUGCAUUCUUCGGCAAGCCUGAAGUCAGUUUCGUAUGAUCUUGGGCUUGAAUUGAAUGCUAUUAUGCAUGAUGUCAGCAUGUCAAUGGAUGACAGUUUGCCAGAAAUAUUAUGCAAUUCAAGGGGCCUUUUUAAUGACAUGGUCUUUACAAACCGCACAAAGUUCAUGGACUCGUAUCUGUGUCCAGAUGUCUUUGAGAAUCGAACCAAUAACUUUAAUGACAAGGAAGAAAUUAUUCUCGCUGAAACUAGAAAUAAACAAUGGAAAUCCAGAUCUGAUGUCUUAGAUGAUGAUUUCCUUGAUGGAGGGAAGUAUGAUGUGCUAUGGAAGAAGACACCAUUCUGUUCUGAUGGCUAUCCUUCCAUUUGCCCCAAUUCUAAAAGUUCUGAAAUAUAUGACUAUGGCUUUGGAGAUAACUAUUUUCUGAAAAAAAGGACUGCAGUGGAAGCACAUAAAAGAUCAGACACUUCAGCACCAUCUUCCCCUUAUUUCAGUUAUUCAACAUCAGAAAAGGAGUAUGACUUUUUAGCUUUUGACCAGGACAGGUACCCUGUACUUAAAGAGAGAUCGAAUUUGGACAGCAUGUUUGAUCCACCUGCUUGGUCUUUUUUGAAAACAGAGGACUCGAAGGAUAGCAUGAGUUUGUUGAGUGAAGAGUCAUGUUCAUCAGCUGCAGUGAGGGAAGAAAGAAGUAAUGGCUUAAGAUCUGACCAAAUGAAACUGAAAGAUUGCAAGAUAAAUCACUUGGAUGAGCUUCAUAUGAGCUUUGAUAAGAAGUAUAAUUUAGAGAAAGUUUUGGAAGAUGAAAUGAUUUGUACAAGCCUUGGUAGAGCUUCUGGAGAAAGGAAUCUGGCAGGAAUGGAGAACGAUAAAAGCAUAUCAAAUCAAUUGAGUUUGAAAGCAGGUUAUUGCUCAGAAAAGGCCUCUUCCCAUCAGGGAAUUUUAGAACCAAAUCGCAUUUCCUUGUUCAAGAAUGAGCGCAGACCAGCUAAUGAGGCUUCCCUUGCCCCUUCCUGUCCCAAAAGUUCUACAGAAACAAAUACCGCAUCCUUUGACUGCAACAUUUUGCAUGAAGACAAACUGUUCGACCUUUUUCCUGUUCCAAAAUUAAAUCCUACUGCAGAUUUGAUCCAAAGGAGAUCCGAAUCAAAAGUUCCUUCUGAAUGUGAACCUUCUAGCAACUUCAAUUGUGAAAAUGUAGAACAACUAUCAGCCCCUGGUAUUCAGUUCCAGAAGUCAGAAGCACAUCCAUUGGGCGCAGCUGUUGCAGAUUGCAAGGACAGUUGCAGUGAACAUGAGGAAUCAAAAUAUGAAGAACUGCUUGAUGGUCCAAAAACCAGAAAUCCUUUUGAGGAAGCUGGUGAGACUGCAUUGCCCACGGAGGAACUUCCUUUGCAUCUUAAAAGGAGCUGUAUUGAUGAGAAGUCAGAUCUCUCUGAUGGUCGGUGUCCAGUUCAAUAUGAAGUGAGCAACAGAGACCCUAUGAAAGAAAAGUUGGGACCUGAAAAAAGUUUUGUGAAAAUGGGAGGCAACAAAACUGACACAUCUUACCAGGUGAUGCAUGAAAGUUACGUUCUUCAACUUAUGUGUGUCCAGAAGGUACUCAUGGAAGCAUCAGGAAAGGAUGACGGGAAAAAAGUACGCGAAUUGCCUUUUGUGCAUCAAUUUGGUGAAAAGACCUGUUAGGCUAUAUUGUUGAUGAUUAGCAUGGUGAUAGGCUCAUUUUUAGGAUACUUAUUACAUUUCCAAAGUCCUCCCUUGCUCAGCUGACUGGAAGUGACAGUUAAUAAACUAUGGUGUCUUAAAUGAAGCAUCACUAAUGUUCUUAAUGACAACAUACUUUACUGCUGCCCUUCUGAA